UCAUUUAAAAUUCGGUUUACUUCACUGUUGCGCCAGAUAUUUCAAAUUGUAAACAUUAUUACAUUAUAAUAUAAAGUGCAAUUUUAAAAUAAAAAUGGAUACUAAGAAAGGUGUAUUUUACAUAGUUAUCCAUAAUAUUUAUGUUUAUACAUAAAAGUAUCUCUUAUACGAAAAUAUGCUCCAAAAAGUGUUUGGAAUCUAAAUGGUCACCAAUAUGGACUACGACUAUCUGAUAAAACUUUUGUGCGUUGGGGAUUCUGGAGUUGGAAAGACAAGUUUUUUAUACAAAUACACCGACGGAGUUUUUCACACACAGUUUAUAUCGACAGUUGGAAUUGAUUUCAGGGAAAAAACUGUGUUAUAUCAGCAGAAUGCAAGAGAACACCGUGUUCAUUUACAACUAUGGGACACGGCAGGACAAGAAAGAUUCCGAAGCUUGACAACGGCUUUUUAUCGUGAUGCAAUGGGCUUUUUGCUUCUCUUUGAUUUGACUAAUGAAGCAUCAUUCCUGGAAGUGCGAAAUUGGAUAGAACAGUUAAAGACGCAUAGUCUUUGUGAUCAUCCAGACAUCAUACUAUGUGGCCAUAAAUGUGACUUACAAGAGAAGCGAUUAGUGAACCUAAAUCGUGCCAGAGAGUUUGCCAAAAAUUACAAUUUGCCAUACUUGGAAACUAGUGCCAAAACUGGUCAGAAUAUUGACCGAGCCAUUGAGAUUCUACUUGAUAAAAUUAUGUACAGAAUGGAAACAUCAGUGGAAUAUGCAAUGCUUUGCGCUUCAGGACGACGACGUCAAUCGCUUCAAAGACUCCAAGCGAUGCAGGACAGAAAACUAUGUUCAUGCUAGUACAGUGAUAAGUGUGUUUUUGAUACUUCCCUUUUAACAUUUGAAAUAACUUCUCAAAUUUGAUCUGAAAUUGCCUCUAUGAAUAUCUUGUAUUUAUCUUGUAAGAGAAUUAAUGCCACAAGAGCUGACCUGCUUUGAGACUGAUUUUUAUUUAUAUAAGUCAUUAUAACAUUCCAUUUCGUCGCAUUAAAAUUGAAUUGAGAUUAAUUGCCAAAUAAAAUACAUGUCAUGUUCCCAAUGACAUGAUUUUUUCAAAUUUUACUAUUGUCUUAGUUCAAAUCGAAAUGGCUACUUUUGUAAGUGCAGGGUAAAUUGUUCUAGUCACUUUACAAGAUAUAACUUAACCUUUUGUUUUUUCUUUUUGUAAAUGUAUCAUCUAACAUAAUUUCUUGCAAUACACUUGUGUUUUUAAUAUGCACAAAUUU